AUGGAGCGGUCCAGUUCGGGCCCAAAGAGCCUCUUUCCCAAGGGCCCGAGCUUCACCUUGGACAACUUCUCCAACAAGGACUUCAUCGUUCGGGACUUUGUCGACAGUCUAGCGGAUAGUGCUGUUCCUGCCAAUCGCCGCUCAGGACCUGCAGCGGCAGCAUUUGACCCUAAGCCGUUAAUUCGGACCUUCGAGAAUGCCCUAUCGCAACUGGCAUUGCUCGGUGAUGAGCUCCAAGAGAAGGAGUCCGAAAUCCUGUCUCAAGUACGUCGCGCAGAGAUACAGCAUGACCAGACUCUCGAUACCCUCGGUCGCACGCUCGACCAAAGCAUGAGCUCAUUCGAGGCACUCGAUGGAUCGUUGGGCCAGAACAGCGCCAGCAAUGCUCCGGAAGCCGGCGGCCGGACCGACGGUGGAGGUAACAUAGCUGUUCAAAUAGGAGAGAAGCUAGAGGAGCUUGAUCGCAAACGACGCCGAGCACAAGACACCAUGUUCCUGAUCCAGUGCUGGACCGAGCUUAGCGAGUCCGGACUGCUAUCCUCCUUGGAAGAUAUUCGACUUCAUGGCGGGUCCGAGAAUAAAAUUAGGUGCGCCGUCAUCGCGCGGCAGUUGAUGAGAAUGAGCCAGCAGCUUGACCCGUUGUCGUGGACUUCUUCCAACAGCCAGCGAAAUAGCUCGACGCCGAGUGGCCAGAAUGGCGAAACCAAAUCACAUAAUACGCGCGAGAUUCUCGAAAAGUUCUGCGAGUCCUUGGAACAGGACCUUUUAGAACAAUUUAACAACAGCUACAGACACCAGAACUUUGAUGACAUGAUGGAAUGCUCCAAGGUCUUGCAUGACUUUAAUGGUGGCGCUAGUGUGAUUGCCGUCUUCGUCAAUCAACAUCAGUUCUUUAUUGAUCGAGACCAGCUGAAUGAUGAGGCUAUUGCCGAUGGAGAGACGUGGGAAGUUCUGGCGGACCCUGACUCAGACCCUCCUGGCGUCGAUCCGGGGUUGCAGUCUCUCGUCGACGAGGUCAAAAUUGUCAUGCAGGAAGAAUCAUUCAUCAUCAAGAGAGCAUUUCCAUACUAUGAGACAGUCCUCAUCAAGUUCAUCCAACGAGUAUUUCAGCAGUCCAUUCAGCAGAGACUCGAAAAGGUUCUCGGCAAGGCGGAGACCGUGUCCACUCUGGCCUUUUUGAGAUCAUUACACUCUUCAAGAAGCUACAUUAGCUCGUUGGUGGAGGACUUGAAAAGCCAUGGUCUCACAGAGCACCCCGACGCAUGCUCGGGGCAGAUUGCCCAGACGCUGGAUCAGCAGAUGGAUGAGCUAUUCAUUCCGUACUUGGUGGGAAGCUCUUACAUCGAACGAGAGCGAAAGAGCCUCGAGGAAAUGUACAGCUCGUUGCUAUUCAAAUUCAACAUGUACCAUUCGCGAAGAAAGAGAGCACCGCAGGGUUUCAUGGCAUCAUUAGCGCAGCAAGGCACCCAGUUCAUGGCCACGGCCAAGGACGCCUAUCUGGAACGAUUAGAAUCUUCAGAUCUCACACCGACACAGAAGCGAAUCAUGCUGCGAGUCGCUGGUAUUAAGGAUAAAGAGAACAAGAAUGAAAUCGAGGUCUCGGAGGAAGACGGUGCGCUGAGCGUCAGCAAUGCGAAGCGUAUGCUAAAGUGGCUCGCGGAAAGUGUCCAGCGAACCUUGGAGCUCGGAUCCCAAGCCGAAACACCCAGGGAUGUCAACGCCCUCCUGCAGCUUUUGCUCACCAACAUGGGUCAGCUCUAUAUCCAGACGGCACUGGAGGCCGCAGACGGGCAAGCUGCCUUGGUGGAAAACUCCAAGACGGAGCCCGACCUGACCUUCUUGCCCACUAUCCGUCCAGCAGUCACCAUCUCCGCCAUCAUGGACAGGUUCAUCACCGUCGUUCUCAUCCGCCUAGCCGAGUCCAACACCACGGUAAGGAAGAGCAUGGAAGCCCAACGCAACAUGGCCAUCGACGCCAUCGAGAAGAAAACCAACACCGUCAUGAAAACGUCCAUCGACGUCAUCACCAACUAUGUCACCAAAUCGCUCAGCUCCCAGAAGAAGCAAGACUUUCGCCCCAAAGGCGCCGAGCUCGAAUUUCUCCAAACGCCUACGUGUCUCAACAUUUGCAAAUUCCUCGGCCGCUCCUCCAAAGAAGCCAGCCUCGCUAUUGACGGGCUCAACGCCGAAAAGUACUAUAGCGAGCUCGCGCUCUCGAUUCACGAACUCCUCUUUGACCAUUUCAAGAAGUUCCAGGUCAAUGCUACGGGGGGGCUGAUGGUCACGCAGGACAUUGCAAAGUACGUCUCCGUGAUGCGGGACUGGUCCCUUUCCAAGGAUGUUGCGGUCAUGGUUGAGCUUCUUACGGAGAUUGGGUCACUCUUCAUCGUGGGUCCGGAAGCAUUGAGGGAGAAGGCGAGGGCGCUGGCGCCGGGCCAGAGCGGCGGGAGGGGGAAGCUGUGCAAGGGCGACUUCAGGGCAUUUGUGCAGAAAAGGGACGACUCGGGGUCGGUUGGGAUACAGAGCAUAUUAGCAGGGCUAUGA